AUGUCCUCCACCAUCAACACAAGCACCGGCAACAAGCCCAUUGACCCCUACAAGGCCAAGAGCUUUGAAGACCCCCCUCUACCGCAGAAGGUCGAGGACCUGGUCAACUUCAUCACCGAGACCAAGUUCGGCAUGCUGACCACGCAAAUCUCCAACAAGGACCUCUUGACCUCGCGCUGUAUGGCGCUCGCAGGAAAGGAAAACGGCGGCAUCGACCUCAUCUUCCACACAAACCUCUUCUCUAACAAGACCAUGGACCUGACCGCCCACCCGCAGGAAGUCAACAUGUCCUUCCUGGACCCCGUGAGCGGCUCCUGGGCCUCCAUCUCCGGCAGAGCCGCCAUCAUCGCCGACAAGGAGACCGUGAAGAAAUACUACUCGCCGGCGCUGCAGGCCUGGCUGGGUGAUCUGGGCGACGGCGUGCAUGAUGGCGGUCCCGAGGAUCCCCGCAUCGGGGUGAUCAAGCUCGAGGCGAAGCUGGCGACGUAUGCGCUCGCGCGUAAGGGGAUGCUUGGGCGCGCCGUGGAAACGGUCAAGAGCGUUGCCAAGGGUGAUGUCCCUGCGAUCACUAGUAUCAGGGAAUUGAGUGAGGAGGAGUUGGCGGAAUGGCGCCGCACGCAUCAAUAA